AUGGCAGACAUCAAGACCCCCACCGACAUCUCGUCGAGUCCGGCGCGCAGCGUCGAUGCGGCUCCGGAGAAGACCCUCGACGCUGACGAGAUGCGUCUGGCACAGAUGGGCCACACCCAAGAGCUCCAGCGCCACUUCAGCACCCUCAGUCUCAUCGGCCUCGCGUCGACGACGACAAUCUCGUGGACGGGCCUGGGCCUGGGCCUCAUCACCGAGAUCAAUGCCGGUGGGCCUGGCGCCGUCAUCUACGGCUUCAUCCUCGUCACGCUGCUGCAGUGCUUCCUCGGCGCGUCGCUGGCCGAGUUCGUCUCGUCGUAUCCCACCGAGGGCGGCAUGUACCACUGGAUUGCCGCCGUUGCGCCGAGGAGACUGACGGGAGUCUUGAGUUUCUUCACCGGUUGGUUCAGCGUGCUUGGCUGGAUCUUCACAACCGCGUCGACGAACCUGAUUUACGCCCAGGUUCUCAUGGCCUUGGUCGCGCUGUACCACGGAGACCUCGACAUCCAGGCGUGGCAGACUUUCAUCGUCUACCAGGGGCUGAACAUCAUCACCGCCGGGAUCGUCAUGUUUGGCAACAAGCUCAUUCCGGGACUGAACAAGUUUUCGCUCUUUUACCUGCAAAUUGGCUGGCUCGUGGUCAUGGUCACCGUGGUGGCGUGCGCCCCGACGCACCGCAACACCGAGUUCGUGUUCCGCACGUGGAUCAACAACACGGGCUGGGAGAACCAGGUGGUCUGCUUCAUCACGGGAUUGGUGAACCCUCUGUACAGUCUCGGUGGACUCGAUGGAGUCACUCAUAUCACGGAGGAGAUGCCGAACCCGUCUCGCAACGCGCCCCUGGCCAUCGCCAUCACUCUCUGCAUUGCCUUCGUCACCGGUAUCACCUACCUGAUCAGCCUCAUGUUCUCCGUCCAGGACUUUGAUGCGCUGUCCACCACCAACACCGGACUGCCGCUGGCUGAACUGUUCCGUCAAGUCACGCAGGGUGCCGGAGGAGCCUUUGGUCUGACAUUCAUCCUCUUCAUCGCUCUGGGCCCCUGCGUCGUCAGCUCCCAAUUGAGUACUGGACGUGUCUUCUGGGCCUUCUCCCGCGACGGCGCCAUGCCCUUUUCUCGGAUCUGGUCGAGAGUCCACCCCAAGUGGCAGAUCCCCAUGAACUCCCAACUCGCCGUCACCGCCAUCGUCGCAGCACUAGGAUGUCUCUACCUCGGCUCCUCGACCGCGUUCAACUCCCUCCUUGGCACCGCCGUUACGAUCAGCAACAUCUCAUACAUGUUCCCCAUCGUCACGAACCUCCUGACGGGCCGGAAGAACAUGCACCGCGGCGUGUUCCACAUGGGCCCUACCUGGGGUCCCAUUAUUAACGGCGUCACUGUCUGCUGGCUGACUUUUGCCAUCGUCUUCUUCUCUUUCCCGUACGUGAUGCCGGUGGAGCCCGCCAACAUGAACUACACCUGCGUUGUCGUUGGUGGGCUCACUGUCUUGGUCGGGGCCUGGUGGUUCAAGGCUGGCUCAAGUUACAGCGAGAAGAUGCUCCAGGCGAAGGAGGAGUAA